AUGACUGGAACAGAUUCUUCAGUAACACCUUCUCUUUCUGGAUCAACAAGUCAAGCAAUCAAUCAUGAUGUCAACCACCCCUAUUUUCUACACUCUUCAGAUGCUCCUGGGAUGACUCUUGUGACCUCACCCUUUGAUGGAAGAGGAUUCCCAGGAUGGAGAAGGUCAAUACUGAUUGCAUUGUCAGCCAAAAAUAAGUCGGGGUUCAUCAAUGGGAUUUGUGAUGAACCUGCUUUGGAUUCAAAGGAUCAUGCACAAUGGAGUAGGUGCAAUGACAUGGUAACCUCAUGGCUUUUAAAUUCUCUAACUAAGGAGAUAGGAGACAGUGUAAUCUAUUCCAAAUCUACAAAAGAACUUUGGAAUAGUCUUGAACAUAGAUUUGGACAAUCCAAUGGAGCGAAACUCUACCACCUACAAAAGAAAAUUGCUAAGACAGUUCAGGGAAAUAGCAGAAUUGCAGGAUACUUCACAACUCUGAAAAGGUUAUAG